AUGCCAGAGCUCCUGUCCUCUGCGCAUGCAAAUUGCGUUUCCGCAUUCGAGUCACUCAUCCACACGCUCGAUCCACAAAAUCGCGAAAAUCAUGAUCAAAUUAUGCUGGUAGACAUCAAGCGGGCAGACAUCAAAGAAGAAUUUGAUAGAUACAAAAUCUGGGCUGGUAGCGUUGGCGCUACUCAAUUGGGAAAACACGAUAAGAAAUUACUGGAAUACCGUUUGCGAGAAGCCUCAUUCUUGAAGGACCAGACUUUAAAGUUGCUCUCGACCUUGAGAGACCGCAUAGUUACAAUUGAUAAGAUUUGCAGUAAGCCUGGUUCAUAUGAAGAGCGAGAAGAAGAGUCUGACUCCGAAGAAUCUACUUCCUCCAACCGCGGAGUGAACUGCGAAGAAGAAGAAAAUGAGUUUGAGGAUUCGCCUUGGGAGAUCUCUUCCGAUUCAAGUAACGAUGACGGGUGUUUAUCCAAGCAUCAGCUGAUCCGUGAUAAACCUCAAACCUCAAGCGAAGAUUCAACCAAGGCUAUAACAACAUCUGGUCCGAGUGUACGCUAUAUUCCCAUGUCCGUCUCGAGGUCGGUGGAAUCUAUCAGGUUCACCGUCACCUCCCUCUAUCGACUGCCUAUCAGUGACCCCGCACCUCUGGAUCGAAUUGAAUACAAGACAUCUAUCGAGCUAGGUGUUUAUCAAAACUCUGAUGUCAAAUAUGUGGAAAGCAAAUUUCCUCAUAUUCAGCAGCGAGUUGCAGCACGACUGGGAAAGAUGAUAACUCGGCGCCGCCAGAUACUUGCAUACCGCGAGGCUCACCAGCGGGGCCUUGCUUCCAAUAUAGUGCAAGCUCAAGCAUUUUCCGUGUCGGAAAACUCACGAGCCUCGUCGAUCGAAACCCGCAGCAAUCAGGCUACGCCAGUGUCCCCAGAACCCGUAAAAACGUUAGUUGCGCCUUCCGCCGUUUCGUCACUAUCAACAACAGUGGAUCUCCACGCUACAAAAGAUCUUCGGAUUGAGACAUUCUCGCGGCCAAAAGGUGCCGAUGGUCGGAAGCUUGAACGAUUCGAGUGCCCUUACUGUUUCCAGAUCAAAAACAUAUCCGAUGAUCGGCAAUGGCAAGAGCACAUCCUCGAGGAUCUUCAACCUUACGUGUGCACGUCCGGCGAUUGCGAUCUUUAUGACCACUUCUUCGACAGCAGAGACGCCUGGUUCAACCAUGAAGUACAUCACCAUCGAACACUAUGGUCUUGCAAUAUGAAAGGUCAUCCAAAGUUUGACCUGGAAGAGGAAUUCCUGUCACACAUGCAGGAGAUACAUAAACAAAGAAUCGAAGGCAUGCGAUUUAGUCUCGUCAAGAACAUGUUCCGCCAUCCAACAGAAAGUCUCAAAGGGAUGUGCAAUUUAUGCCACCACGAGUCAGAAGAUCUGAAGAGUCAUCUCUCUGAACACCUCCAGCACAUGGCUCUUUUUGCGCUUCCCCGCAUCGAUGAGACUGCUCGUAGUGGCCAAUCCAGAAUUGAUGCUGGGUCAUCAGUGCAUGAAGAGUUCAAUCCACUGCUUAGCAUGGAGGUCUAUUCUAGUGAUAGCUCUCAGCACUCGGACGAAUUUCCCAUGUCGAAUCGCAUGACUUCGGUCACAAGUGCCACUUCCGUCCACGAGACCGCUGUAAAGGAGCUUACUCGACGCAUUUGUGAAGCUAUUGACGACACAACAGCUGGGUUUGAUAACGAGCCCGAUGCGAAGAACGCACAUUGUUUCCUACCAAGAACCGAUUUGGCGAAUAUACUUGAUCGAUAUGCUCUGCAUCAGUUGAUUAAAGAGCUGAUUAGUGAACGGGCGGAUUCUGGUCCUACUUCUACGGAUGAAGAAAGCGACGGCAACGGCGAUUUGCAUACAAACCCGGACAGAAUUGUUCAUGCCUACGUACAAAGAGCGAUCAGCCAUCCUCCAAGGCUAGCUUUGCUUGCGCUGUUUCUCUACGAUGGACGCCCAUCUCUGCACGCGCUUUUCCUGAAAUGGCUCGAGCUGCCCGAUUUUCCAUCCAACCUUGAUCUGCCUUUGAAUGAUAACACCUUGAGAGCGAACGGAUUUCCUGAUGAUUGUUUUCGGUCUAUUCUCAAUAACCAAAACAUAUUCAGGCCGGUCUGGAUUCGGGAGAAUCUACAUCAGGAUUUCAGAGACUGGGAUCGAUUGCCCUACAUUGGCAAGCCCAAGCCGAUCAAAGAUGGUUCUUCUGGUUCUGUGUAUAGUGUAAAAAUAGCAAAGGGACAUUGGGAGAUCAAUCGUGAUGGUCGGUACAUACCCGGAAACCCGCACGAGCCGUAUCCCGUGGCAAUCAAAGUGUUUAGGGAAGUCCCUGGAGGACGCAGUAGAGAAGAAGCUACCGAGGAUUUCCGAGUUGAGCGUAAAAUUCUGGAUCAGAUCCGCGUUUCGAAGAUCAAGCACGAGAUGGUUAUGCUGGAUUUAGGAAGCAUCACUAUACUUGACGGAGCGAACCAAAAGGUCAGCCACUCGCUUAUGUUCAAACUUGCAACGUUUAGUCUCGCAGAGUUUCUCAAAGACGAACGUCGACAUGCAAAAUACAGCACAAGGAGCGUUUUGUUCUCGAAGCUAGUUGACAUUUCGGAGGCAAUGGCAUACCUCCAUCAUCAUCUCGAUAUACUCCAUCUUGAUAUCAAGCCCGAUAACAUUUUAGUGUUCGAAAAGGGGAGAAGUCGCCAAGACAACGAAGACGGAGCCGGAGAUGAAUUAGUGUGGAAGCUUAGUGAUUUUGGGCUUGCGCGUAACAAGGGUGCCGCGGCGAGAUUUGGUCUAGGCGGGCGCAAUCUAGGUAAUCGCGAAUCACUGUCAUCAGAGGUCGAGGCAGUGAGGUACGCAGGUCCUUAUCAACCGCCCGAAGUUCAUAAACGAGAGUCUAGUGGAGUAGGACGACGAAGUGACGUCUGGUCUAUGGGAUGUGUCGCGUUGAUGGUGUUGGCUUUCAUGACCAACGGAGUUGCUGAAGUGGAAAACCUCUGGAGUAAACUACCCGUCGAUUUUCAACAGCGAGGUGGAAGACAACGACUGUUCUAUCACAGAAGUGACUCAAAUUUGUGGGAGGAAGGAAAAGCCUUCAGGUACACGUAUAUGCGAGACUUCGACCCCGACAUCGGAGACAUUCCCGGCACGAGUGGACCACUACAAGCUGCUGUUCAUCCACUCGUCAUCUCAUGGUCGAACAUGUUAUACGAUUCUUAUGCCAAUCCUGCAGAGAAGAUUCUUGUGGGGGACAUACUUGAAGUAAUGUUCCGUCACGUCCUUCUCAUUAAUCGCUCCCAAAGAAUGAGAGCAAGUGACCUAGCGGAGAGAAUGGGCAAUUUGCAAAAGAGAUGGAAACUAUUCGAGCAAGGCAUGGACCAUCCGAACAACUCUAGGGAAGGUUCACGCUCGGAAAGCGUAAACAGCCACGAGUCCGCAUCGAAUGGGAUCCCAGAACCUCCAGGGGUGGAAGCCAGUAUUCAUCCAUUGAACCCGUUAGUUGUAGAGACACUACUUCCACACUCAAACCUCUGUCGCGCGAUCAUAAGCGACGACAACAUUACUGUACUCAAAGAGUUGGACAGAGACAACGGCGUGCAGCUGUUGAAGAACAAAUGUGGAUCCUGCAAGAUAUACCCUAUUCAUAAGGCUCUCCGCAACAGGGCCUAUAAAUCCCUCAAGAUACUUGUCGGGAAGUCUGACCCAGCUAUCGCCGGACUUGCCUGCCUCGAAAGCGGCGAUCAAACUGCAGUCGAGCUAGCAAGCCAAGGUUCCGGUGACAGUAAGGCACUCGAAAUAUUUCUGGACCAUCACGCCAUCUUCAGUGUGACAAAAGAGUUUUUCUACGAGCGCAAACGAUAUCUAGACUAUCAGUCAAGAGCAUCUCUGAAGGAACUGUGGAAGAGGUCGCAAACAUAG